AUGUUUGUUUUCAUCUACUCGCAACAAGCAGUCCGCUGUGCGCCCGUCUUGAGUGAGCACAGCACAAAUGUUACUGAUGUUGAACCACCUUAUGAUAUGUCAUUCUCAGCUAUUUCGAGACUCGAAGUGCUCAUAAAUUACAGUAGGAUACUGGCAGUUCAUGAGCAAUCCCUGAAUCAAAACUAUCUUCCCAUCUGUAUACGUGAAACCGCCUCGAAAGCGCCUGGCAACGCGACCGAAGCUCGCCGAAAAGCGCCACUAGACAAUAUAGCGCUGAUCUUCUUGCGGAGAAGACAUAUGCGUACAUCGAAAAGGGAGCUAGCUCAGAUGCUCCUUUUUUCGUGGCUCUGGCACCAGUUGCACCACAUGCGAACGGUUGAUGUCAAUAUUUCUGGGUCGAAUGUGCCGUAUACCUCCGGGGACCCAAUUCCCGCUGAGGGUCACAAGUCCCUGUUUUCGAACAUUGUUGUUCCUCGGGCUACAAACUUCAACCCUGAUGUUAUAGGUCAGCCCCGAGAUGAGAAGCUCGUGAAAUUUGAACGGACAGUGUCAAGUGGUAUAAGCUGGGUUGCACAACUUCCGCAGCAGAAUCAGACCGAAGUCGACUACAAUGACGGCUUUCAUCGCAACUUUCUCCGAGAACUGCAGGCUGUCUAUGAGAUUGUUGACGGGAUCUUCCAGAAAAUUGAGAGUUUGGGAAUUCUUGAGCACACAUACGUUGUUUCGCGUCGGCCAGCCAGCGCCUUCUAUAGCCGGGCUAGCGAUGCAGCUUUAAAAAAAUUUAUUAACAUCCCGUGGAUAAUUCGCAGACCGCGGGUUCUACAGGAAAAAAAUGAUGGAAAUUGUGACGAAGCAUACAAAUCUUGCGCCGACAUUUUUGAUAUGUUGGGUAUUGACCUGCGCGAUGGCUUUGGUGAAGCGCCUAUUCCGCUCACAAGAGCAGAUGUCGACGAUAUCAUAAGUACAAGGUAUGAAAAUCUUAAUGUGGAGCAUUAG